UGUCAGCCCCGGGAAGUGGGUCCUACUUACCCUUCCAUGCUGCGAAAAGUGAUGAUCUACGUACCACGAAGCGGGGCUUGCAUAUCCCGAUCAGCUUGUAAGCUUAUAUAGCUCUCAACAACAACAACAACAUUCUUCUCCAUCCGUGCCAUCUUCCAGCAUUUUCCACACACAGCCAGCAUACUCUGCACUUCCCAGCAUGUCCGCCGAAUCCGGGCCCUACCAAAUCCUCCACGAUCUCGGCCCCCGACUCUCGCCCAAUGCGGCAAUCCACCUCCCCGGAUCUGACGACUUUGCGCGAACCACGUCGCGCUGGAAUCCGGGACAGAUACGCCCUUCGUACAUCGCCUCGGUGGAAGUUGGCAGCGAGGAAGACGUUGCGGAGACGAUCAAGUUUGCGAAUCGCCAUGGGGUACCGUUCCUUGCGCAAUCUGGCGGUCAUGGGUUUUGGAAGGGUUUGAGUGAUGUGAAGGGUGGGAUUCAGAUCUAUCUGCGUGGUCUUAAUAGCAUUGAGGUUAAUGGGCGGAAUGGGGGCAAGACGGCGUUUAUUGGUGGGGGGACACUUUCUAUUGAAGUUACUAAGACGCUGUUCGCGAUUGGCAAGCAUACAGUGACUGGGCUGUGCGCGACGACGUCUCUGGCUGGACCUGCUCUCGGCGGCGGUCACGGGUUCCUGCAAGGCCACUAUGGCUUCAUGGCGGACAACAUCGUGUCUGCAAACGUGGUUCUUGCAGACGGAAGCAUCGUCGUGGCCAACAAGGACUCCCAUCCCGACCUGUACUGGGCGUUGCGUGGCGCGGGCCACAAUUUUGGGAUAGUCACGAGUCUCGAAUACAAGAUCUACGAUAUCCCGACCGGCAUCCGGUGGACAGUGACAAACUACAUGUUCAAGCAGGACAAGCUGGAGCAGGUCAUGGCGACGGCAAACCAGUUCAUCGGGCCGGAGAUGAAUGCGCCGCGCGAGUUACUCCUGUGGUGCAACCUCAUCCACAUCCCAGCCAUCGACCCAGACAACGCAAUCGUGAAUUUCAAAGUCCAAUACGAGGGCACCGACGCCCAAGCCGCCCCCUUCCGCGCCCCCUUCGAAGCCCUCGAGCCCCUCUCCACCACCACAGAGACCGUCACAGAGUACAGCAAGCUCCACGACGCGAUGGGCUUCGGCGAGGACAGCGUCGGCGGCCAGAGGACCUUUGACGUCAACGUCAUCACCGCCAGCCUGCUCCGCUUCGACCCCCAGGCCAUGCGCAAGUUCUACGAUAUCAUCUCCGAGCACGCCAGGACGCCAGGCGCAGGGACUAGCUUCGGCAUGCUUGAGGUGUACGCGUCGAAUGGGGCAAAGGAGGUUCCGGCAGAUAGCACUGCGGUGCCUCCGGAGGAGCGGAGGAGCAAUAUCCUCAUCGGGGGCUUGCUCGUCCAUGACAUUGGCAAUGCAGAGCAGGCAGAACUAGCAUGGAGUGUGGGCAGCAAGCUGCGAGCAGCACUCGUAGAAGGCAUCGACGUCGCCAAGCACGGCAAACCAGGCAGUUAUGUCAAUUAUGCCAACGGCGAACAGAGUGUCGAGGAGAUGUACGGCCACGAGCCAUGGCGUCUGGAGAAGCUGAGGGAUCUGAAGCAACGCUACGACCCGGAGCGGAGGUUUCGGUUCUAUGCGCCGAUAUGAAGAUAAAUGUGCGAGCUUGGCUGGUCUGCUGUGGAUUGUCCUCCUAGGAAUAUAAAGUAGUAAGAGAUCUUCUAACGGACGUUGCGUCCGCGGCGCUCGAUAUAUCAGCGUUUAAUAUCCGGCCUGGAAUAUAAUGUCUCAGCUCGCGAUACGAUACCCAAGACAAGCCUCGGAAACUGACGGAUUACUUCCUUCCCCAGAAAAGCAUUGUCUUCACUCGAGACGUGAUGUUCUAGUUCUCCUCUCUUAUCUCCCUCUCAACGUCCACCACCUCCGCACCGGCCAAUAACUCCCACUCUAUCCAAUAUAUCCCAACUCAUUCCCCUCCCACCGUAGUCCCUGCUAUGCACCGGUAAGAAUUAUUAGAAUCCUCGUGCAAAGUUUGGAAAUCUACUCUGUGGUGAACGAUAGGAUAGCAGGCUAAGCAGCACUCUCCACCACGCUCUUUCCUCAUCCAUUACUCAUCCCA